GUGUCAUCACUACCGCUAUAACAAACACGACUGAUAAUAUUUUAGACACGGUGUGAAAUUAAUAAAAUAUAGUGGACAAAUAAGCGUCUCCCCAAAACACAUACAUUAAUGAACAUGCCCCACAUUAACAACGGUGCAUUUUAACCUCUGGGGAACAAUAUAUCAUAAACGAAAUCCCUCUGUUGGGCUCGAGAAAGCAGCUUUGCGGUGGAAUAAAGCGAGGCAGAUUGACGUCAUUGAAACCGACGCAGAGAGAGCCGACCGAAAUCAACAGCAGCAGCCAGCCAGCCAGCAACCCCGAGUACCUAACUACAAACAUCCUCGGCGCUGUAGCACACCGUUGCUAGAGAGCAUCUUCAGAAAAUAACGAGGUAAGCGAUAAGAUGGCCACCUCCUCCUCCAAUCUGGAAGAAGACGAGAGUCUGAAGGGUUGUGAAGUUUUUGUGCAGAAACACAACAUCCAGCAGAUCUUGAAGGAGUGCAUUGUGAACCUUUGCAUCGCAAAGCCCGAGCGUCCUAUGAAAUUCCUGCGGGAGCAUUUUGAAAAGCUGGAGAAGGAAGAAUGCAAACAGAUUCUGGCCCGCCAGAAGUCCAACUCCCAGUCGGACUCUCACGAUGACGAGGUGUCCCCGCCGCCCCCCAACCCCGUGGUGAAGGCCCGGCGUCGGCGCGGGGGGGUCAGCGCCGAGGUCUACACGGAGGAGGACGCCGUCAGCUACGUCAGGAAGUACGUCACUGGAUUUGUACCCAUUGUGAAGCCUGGAGAGCAGGCCGGGACACAGAGCUGCCUGCCCAGCCAGGACAGCAGAGUACACGGCGUACCUGCGUUAGUGUCGAGUGAGAUAGCGCUGCUGCUCAACAGGCCGCGCGCGGCCACGGUGGUCGCCCGCGGGCCGCUGAAGUGCGUGAAGCUGGACCGGCCGCGCUUCGAGCGCGUCCUGGGCCCCUGCUCCGAGAUCCUGAAGAGGAACAUCCAGAGAUACAACAGCUUCAUCUCCCUGACCGUGUGA